AUGAAAGACACCUCCGAAGGAUCCUCGAAAGAGGAGACACCCGCGGCGCCUGAAGACGGCGACCGUGGACAGAGUCGCGGCGAAGAGACGACGAAGGAUCGCUCUUCGCCCUUCACCUCAGUCUGGCGCGUCUCCGACGAGUCCGCGUCGGGCCCCCACUGCCGCGAGGGAUCUCUGCACAAGUUGAUUGCCGCCAACAACAUCUCCGGCGUCCGACUCUGGCUGUCGAACCCGAUCUGCAGAGGCAUGAUCAACGACUUGAACCAUGCCGGUGAAACGCCGCUGCACGUCGCCGUCCAGUGCUGUAGCCCGCGGAUCCUCUCUCUCCUGUUGGACCCUCCGGCGCUGCAGAUUUCGCCUUCGUUGCUCGCGUCGUGUUCGCUCCGGCAGCCGCGGCCGCUCGCUGGUGCGACAGACGCGCCGUCUGUGGCUGCUUCGGCGCCUGCGGAGAAUGUCGCAGGCGCCGUCGUUUCGCCACGACCCGCUUGCGAACCCUCUCCAGCUUCGGACGCAGCUGCUACGGCCGAAGCCGCCUGCGCUAAGUUGGCGAUGGCUGCGGCGUCUCGGGUGGAUUUCAGUCUCUCCGUGGACGGCAUUCCUACCCUACACCUGCUCAUUGGACGCACGGCCUUUGGCGGCGCCAGGGGCGAAGACGCCAUGGAGUGUCUGAAACGCAUUUUGCUCCACAUCGGCAGAUACCAGCCUGGCGCAGCGGACAGAUGUCCACGCUGUUCGCCUGCGAAGGCGAGGGCGUGCGGCCGCGACGUCUCCGAGCAAAGUGCCAAGGCGGAGGCGGUCGCGGGUCUCGACUGCUCGGCCCACGCCUCGGAGCCCCUGGCGGGAGGCGAGGACGGCGGCGGUUCGGAUUGGAAGCCUCAGUCGCGCUGCCCGUGUUGUGGCUUACCGGAUGGCGGUGCGCGGCCGGAACGCAGCGAGGCCGGAGAGGCGUGCUGCCCAGCGUUUUUCCCGCCGCCGCGAAACACCCCGGCGGCAGACCGCGUCUUUCUCGACUUGGAGGAAACGGACGUCCAGGGCCGAACGCCUCUCCACCUGGCCUGUUCCUUCGGAGUGGCUGCAGUCGCCGAACUGUUGCUUCACGCAGGCGCCUCGCCCUGGGCUCGGCGGCGCGGCGUGGCGCAGAUGCCCCUCCACUCCGCCAUCGACGCCGACGACCCGGCAUGUUGCCUCCUGCUGCUCCGUCACUCAGUGCCCUGCCGAUUUCUGGUGGACGCCGCGUGCCUCUGCGGCAGUCGCGGCGACCGGCCCGGCGGCUUGGCGUCGGACGCGCGGAGCCACGCGCUGGCUCUGAAGCGCUCUCCAGCCACGAAACUGAUUUUGCAGCUGCUGCGGCGGUGCGUCAGACGGGGCGCGUGGAAGUGCUUCCGGGCUCUGCUGGCGUACCCGAUGGAGCGGGGCCGCGCGCGGUCUCCCCUUGUCGACGCGGCUGCAGGGAACGCGGAAGGCGACGAACCAGCAGUGGCACGCAGACACGCAGCUUCGCCACUUUCCGCGACCAGAGACAGCGCGGCGCCGUGGUGCUCGGCGCUGCAUGCGCUUCUGGAUGACGGCUUCGCGGCAUGGCUUUGCCUCAGAGAAGAGGCGAGGCGAUCAGGUGCGGCGCCGGAGUUGCGGGCGCAGCUCCAGCGGGUUGUCGCGAAGAGCCCCGCGUGCUGCCAGGCUGCCGCUGCGUCUUGGGGGAUGGCUUUGCCGGGAGAUCUCGGCGACGGACCCGCGCGCGCUGUCAAGGACGAGGACGCGAAACACGGAUUGCUUCAGGCGCUCGGUGGGGCCAGCGGCGAGGAAGGGCUUUCGACACGAGGGGAAGGACGCACGAUGGUUGUGACGCAUGCCCUCUGUUUGGAGCACUUGCCACUUCCAGAGCCCGCGGACAUGCCCCUGAAGAGACACAAACUCAUGCAGAGGUUUCCGGAAAACCCAAGCCGACUGGAGGUGGUAACGUCGGCUCGGUCUGGGAUCCUGCGAACGCGCGAGUUUUCUCCUUUGCUCUGGAUGGACGAUCCCAUGCCUGCUUCUCUGUCGGAUAUUUUGAGAGUCCAUUCCAUGUCUUAUAUCGCACGCCUCAAGCUCAGAGUAGAGGACGCGUUCGGUAUCAGCACGCGCCUGCCGUCGCUCAGCCCUCCUUCCGAAACGCUGCGGGUAUCGUCGCCCACUGGGGCCGCGGCCCUCGCAGCGGCGACUGCAGCUCUCGACUCGAAGCUGCAAAAGGAGCAGUACGAACAGCAGAAGCACCAGCAGAUCGAGAACGUUGGCCCCGCGGGCCGGUACAGCUUCGUCUUCGCCGACGGAGACACUCCGGUCACUUGCUUCAGCUGGGCGGCGGCGGUCCACGCGGCUGGCGCGGUGAUCGCUGCAGUCGACGCCGUCUGCGAGGGCAAAUGCCGAAACGCGUUCUGCGCGGUGCGGCCUCCCGGGCAUCAUCUCGGCAACUGGGGCGCUGCCCAAACCGCGUCCAACAAGCUUACGGACGAAGACAUCGCGGCGGGGAGUCAGGGCUUCUGUCUGCUGAACAACGUAGCCAUCGGUGCGGCGUACGCAAAGUACAAUUAUGCCAGAAAAGGAAUACGGCGAAUAGCCGUUGUUGACUUCGACGUUCAUCACGGGAAUGGGACCGAGCAAAUUAUUCGGAAUGUCGGCAUGAAGAUUCGGAAAGUAAAACAACCGAAGGGUGCCGCCCUCCGUCUGUAUCGGCGGGCUGCGGACGAACUCCGAGGCGCGCCUCUGGCGUCGAGCGACCUGAGAGACGCGCCAGCGUCUGGGGAUACAGGGCGCGCAGACCCGUGCGAGAUGGACUCAGGCGCCCCCGACAAAACGGCCGCUCAGGAUUACGUGGGAGAGGGGGGGAAAGUGUCGGGAUUGCCGCAGUCCGUCGGGCCGGUGGACGUUCCCCAGUGGAUGGGGUGGCGAGACGAGCGCGAUGCCGAGGAGCUUUUCUUUGCUUCUAUCCACGCCUUCGAUGGAACUUUCUAUCCGGGAACUGGGGCGGACUGCGAAGACUACAGUUUCGACGGCCACGCACAGGAUCAAAUUGGGGGAGCCUUCGGCGGUUUCGCAGAAGACGAUUUCCGGUUCUUCACGCACGCGCUGGUGCGGUGUGCGGAGCGGACUUGCGAGGGGCGCGUCGUGAGCGUCUUGGAAGGCGGGUACAGCGUCAGUGGAGGCGUGUCCAGCACACUGGCUGCCUCGGUCAAGGAGCAUCUUCGCGGACUCAUGCGGACUUCCUCCGGCGGCCGGCGAGCCGUGGACGCCGUGCGCAGCGAGAGGCCAGAGGCUGCGGCGGAGUCAGCCUCUGGACAAGCCGGUGGCGCGAUUCCUGGAGGAAAGUGCGAUUGGGCAGAUGACGUUGAAGUUGGCGAUGAGGCCGCGAGUGACGUCACCCUGAGCGACGUCGAGGAGAGCUGGCGUCUGUUAGGUGAGGGGAGUCCGAGAGCGAUGGACAGCGCCGACAGCGCCGCUGGUCUUUCGGACGAACGCAGAGAGUGGAAGGGUUCUGGCGACGGCCGGAAAGCCGACGCAUGGAGCUGGCGACGACCGAGAGAACCGAAAGGGUUAAAUGGAAACGAGCCUGCGGACGCGCAGGCGACAGUGGAGAUACCCGCGGACAGCGGCGGCGUACCGGAGAGAGAACGCGGCGGAGAGCAUGCGGCCGACCUGGAGAGGUAUCGGGCUCUUAGCAGGGAAGACAAGUGA